GGGUGUCACGCCGCCCUCCCCGCCCCUCCGCCGGGGGUGUGGGAGCGCAGCCGAGCGCGCGGCAGAGGGCCGGGCGCGUGGGGACGCGGGCGUGCGGGGUUCCGGGCGAGCCGCGCCGCACCCGGAGCGCGCUGGCCGCCUGAGCUCGGCGCGGCUCCCAGUGCCCUGAAGCCGCCCGCCACCCGCCCCCUGUGCGUUGGGCGGCAGCCCCGGCCGCGGCAGCCGGGCUCCCGGGGAGGGGAGCGCGCCCGGCCAUGGAGCCUUCGCACAAGGACGCCGAGACGGCGGCGGCGGCGGCGGCUGUGGCGGCGGCGGAGCGAGGGGCGUCCUCGUCCAGCGGAGUGGUGGUGCAAGUCCGCGAGAAGAAGGGCCCCCUGCGCGCCGCCAUCCCCUACAUGCCCUUCCCGGUGGCCGUCAUCUGCCUCUUCCUCAACACUUUCGUGCCGGGACUGGGGACGUUCGUCUCGGCCUUCACCGUGCUGUGUGGCGCCCGCACGGACCUCCCGGACAGGCACGUGUGCUGUGUCUUCUGGCUGAACAUCGCCGCGGCCCUCAUCCAGAUCCUCACAGCCAUCGUCAUGGUGGGCUGGAUCAUGAGCAUCUUCUGGGGCAUGGACAUGGUCAUCCUCGCGACGGACCUCCACCAGUCACUUAACACAAACUUGAUCCCGACACAAAACUGCCGAAGAAGACUUGAUUAACAUUUUAAAAAUAACCCUGCGAGAUCUUCAGACAGACACCUAUUUUAAGCAGCCGCGCUCGUCACCCUGUGCCCCCGUGCGGGUCCCUGUAUUGUCACACGUUCGGUCUACCUCAUUAGGCCGAAGCUCCUCACUCACAUGGAGCACGUCCUCGCAAGCCCUUUGCCCUUCUCCCCACACCCCACGCUCCUCCUGUGCCCCACACCCGACAAGACCAUUUGCAGGUGGAGUGCCUGUGCCGGAGGUGAGCUGUGUCAGGGAAGAACAGUGGGGGCAAGAGGGGAAGCCCAAGGGUCAGGGGGCUCUAGAAUGAUCUAGAAUGAUUCCUACUUGACUCAGUCUGAGUUCAUAAUCCUGUGAGCAUCCAAGACCCAAGGUUUACUCAGAUACUAGGGCCCAGCAAGGUUAGGGUCAGUGACCAAUCAAACCACCAGGCCAGAGAAAAGGCAGGUCCCUGAGCCCGAGCGAGCCCAGCAGGGCCAGUGGAUUGGUUAGACAGGCUGGUGGAAGCAGCUGCUUUCCCUGCUGGGGUGCUGGACCGCCAGGGCAUCUCAGAAUUAGAGCCGGGAGACAGGGGUGGCCAGACAACAGGGAGGGGAACACUGGGCAGGGGAAACACUGGGGAAGCUGAGGGACAGUCGGAAGACGCCCAGCCCCUCCCGGGAUAGCCGCUCCCUGGGCAGGGGCUGCCCAUCAGCACGGGGGUCGGUGAGCCUGCAGAGCAGGCAGAGGCCGAGGCAGGCGCAUCCAGCUCCCUCAGGGGAGCCCCGCCCCGGGGAAGGUCCACGGACCACUUCCAUUUGUGGGGAGUGGGGCAGAGCAUCGCUAAUAAGACAGACAUGCUGCCAGUCAUCCUGUGAGUCUGGAGAAGCCAAGUCUGACCAUUUCCCAGAGGGAGUUUGGUGCUUCUCUGAGAGGCCUGUUCCCAGCUGGAACCUGGAAGGGGCCCUCUGCUCUCAGAGGCUUCCUCAGUGGCUGAUGGAAAGCCUGGGAAGGCUGCCCCGUCUCUGCCCAGUAUGAGCCCCGGACUGAGUCAUCUCCUCGUCACACAGGUGUUGGGCCAGGCACUGGGGCAUGUUAGCGAGGAGACUUUCUGUUACAGCGGCACAAAGCUGUGUCACAAUAAAUGUGUUGAUGCUUAACCUGA